GGGCUAACGGGUAGUCAGGUGUGGUGGGCCACAGAUGUGGGCAUCGCCUUUGCAAGAAUGGAGGAAGGAUUCGACUCAGCUCUCAAAGACUACAAUAAAAAGCAGAUAACACAGCUGAACUCCCUGAUCCACAUGUUGCUGGGGGAUUUAACUCCUGGAGACAGGCAGAAAAUUAUGACGAUAUGCACCAUUGACGUCCACGCCCGAGAUGUUGUCGCCAGUCUGAUUACACAAAAGGUGACAAAUGGACAGGCGUUUGCCUGGCUGUCCCAGUUACGCCAUCGAUGGGAUGAAGAAACCAAGCACUGUUAUGUCAACAUUUGUGACGCUCAGUUCCAGUUCAGCUAUGAGUACUUGGGGAACACUAACCGGCUGGUCAUCACCCCUCUCACUGACAGGUGUUACAUAACCUUGACUCAGUCACUCCACCUGACGAUGAGCGGGGCUCCAUCAGGCCCAGCCGGCACCGGCAAAACCGAAACAACCAAAGACCUCGGACGCUCUCUAGGCAUCAUGGUAUAUGUGUUCAACUGCUCUGAACAAAUGGACUACAAGUCUAUAGGGAACAUCUACAAAGGGCUGGUUCAGACGGGAGUGUGGGGCUGCUUCGAUGAAUUCAACAGGAUCUCAGUGGACGUCCUCUCUGUGGUAGCGGUGCAGGUCAAGACUAUACAAGAUGCUGUGAGGAAUAAAAAACAGAGAUUUCAGUUUCUUGGAGAAGAAAUUGAACUAAAGCCAACAGUGGGGAUCUUCAUCACUUUGAAUCCAGGUUACGCUGGUAGAGCGGAACUCCCGGAGAACCUCAAGGCACUGUUCAGGCCCUGUGCAAUGGUGAUCCCAGACUUUAUGCUGAUCUGUGAAAUCAUGUUGGUGGCUGAAGGGUUCAUUGAUGCUCGUCUGCUGGCACGGAAGUUCAUCAGCCUCUACACUCUGUGUAAAGAGCUGCUGUCCAAACAGGAUCAUUACGAUUGGGGCUUACGUGCCAUCAAAUCCGUCCUCGUGGUCGCUGGAUCCCUGAAGCGAGAAGAGCGCAGCAGGCCUGAGGAACAGAUUCUCAUGCGGGCAUUGAGGGACUUCAACCUUCCAAAGAUAGUGACCAACGACGUACCCAUCUUCCUGGGCCUGAUCAGUGACUUGUUUCCUCAGCUGGAAGUGCCCAGGAAAAGAAACCCGGUGAUAGAAAAUGCUGUCCGGGAGUCCGUCAAUGAGCUGCGCCUGCAGCCUGAGGAAAACUUCAUACUCAAGGUCACUCAGUUAGAAGAGCUGCUGGCUGUGAGGCAUUCUGUGUUUGUCGUUGGUGGACCUGGCACUGGAAAGAGUCAGAUUCUGAAGACCCUUCACAGGACUUAUGCAAACAUGAAGCUAAAGCCAGUGUGGACUGACAUCAACCCCAAAGCUGUGACCACAGAUGAGCUGUUCGGGUACCUGCAUCCUGCCACCAGAGAGUGGAAAGACGGCCUAUUCUCGUCUACCAUGAGAGAGCUGACCUCCAUGCCCCAUGAUGGUCCCAAAUGGAUUGUUCUGGAUGGAGACAUUGAUCCCAUGUGGAUUGAGUCUCUCAACACUGUUAUGGAUGACAAUAAAGUCCUGACACUCGCCAGCAAUGAAAGAAUCAGUUUGUCUCCCUCUAUGCGUCUGCUCUUUGAAAUCUCACAUCUGAGAGCUGCAACUCCAGCUACAGUGUCCAGGGCAGGAAUACUUUACGUUAACCCACAAGACCUCGGCUGGAGUUCUCUUGUGACCAGUUGGAUAGACACCCGGCAGGCCCAAUCAGAGAGAGCGAAUCUCCCUAUUUUGUUUGAAAAGUACGUGCCGCACUGCUUGGAGCAGGUCCGCUGCAACCUGAAGACCAUCACUCCCAUCCCAGAGACCAGCAUGGUGCAGAUGCUCUGCUCCCUGUUGGACUGUCUGUUGACAGAGGACAACACUCCUGCUGAGUCUCCACGGGAACUUUAUGAACUUUACUUCGUCUUUGCCUGUGUCUGGGCUUUCGGAGGGGCUCUCUUCCAGGAUCAUCUGAAUGACCAUCGAGCAGAAUUUAGCCGCUGGUGGUCCAAAGAAAUGAGGGCGGUGAAGUUUCCUUCCCAGGGAACCGUCUUUGACUAUUUCAUUGACUCUAAGACUAAAAAGCUGACACCCUGGAAAGAAAAGAUGACACCAUUUGAGUUGGAGCCUGAUGUACCUCUACAGACGGUUCUGGUUCACACUCCCGAAACCAUCUGUCUCACCCACUUCAUCGACCUGCUGCUCCAAAAAGGCAAACCUAUCAUGUUAGUGGGAAACGCUGGAGUGGGCAAAACCAUCCUGGUGUCUGAUACAGUUUCUAGGUUGAAAGACGACUACAUGGUGGCAAAAGUGCCUUUUAACUACUACACCACAUCAGCCAUGCUGCAACGUGUCCUGGAGAAACCUUUGGAGAAGAAAGCUGGUCGUACGUUCGCUCCUCCUAUUGGCAAAAGACUCAUCUAUUUCAUAGACGACCUCAACAUGCCCGAGGUGGACCGUUACGGGACAGUGCAGCCACACACGCUCAUCCGCCAGCACCUCGACUAUAGCCACUGGUAUGACAGACAAAAGCUGGCAUUGAAGGAAAUCCAUAACUGCCAGUACAUCACCUGCAUGAACCCAACAGCUGGAAGCUUCUCCAUCAACCCUAGACUGCAGAGGCACUUCUCAGUGUUCGCAGUUCAUUUCCCGAAUGCCGAUGCGUUGGCCACCAUCUUCUCCAGCAUCCUAUCAGCUCACUUCCUUCAGGGAGGAUUCAGCUUUGGUGUCUCUCGUUCUGUUGACGCUCUUAUACAGGCAGCAAUCUGUCUGCACCAAAAGAUCAGCCAGAACUUCCUCCCGACAGCCAUUCGCUUCCACUAUAUUUUCAACCUGAGAGAUCUGUCCAACAUUUUUCAGGGCAUCCUCUUUGCACUCCCAGAAAGCAUCCGUUACCCCAUAGACUUGGUCCACUUGUGGCUCCAUGAGAGCUCCAGGGUCUACUCUGACAAACUAAUGGAAGAGAAGGAUGUGGAACUCUUCAACAAAAUCCUUCUGGACACUGGUAAAAGAUAUUUUGAGGGAAUCGAUGAUUCCAUCUUUAUACACCAACCUCUGGUUUACUGUCACUUCUCCCAGGGAGUCGGAGAACUGCGCUAUCAUCAGAUUUCAGACUGGGAGAAGCUCCAGAAGACGCUCACUGAUGCUCUGGAGCACUAUAAUGAGCUGCAUGCCGUCAUGGACCUGGUACUGUUUGAAGAAGCCAUCCAGCAUGUGUGUCGGAUCAGUCGGAUCUUGGAAGCCCCUUAUGGAAAUGCCCUGUUGGUGGGGGUGGGGGGCAGUGGGAAACAGAGUUUGUGCCGUCUGGCUGCCUUUCUCAGCUCUCUGGAAGUCUUUCAGAUCACGCUGCGUAAAGGAUACGGCAUCAAUGACCUCAAGAGUGACAUAGCAGCUUUAUACAUAAAGGUUGGAGUGAAGAACAUUGGGACAGUUUUUCUUCACACAGAUGCACAGAUCCCAGAUGAGCGUUUCCUGGUGCUCAUCAAUGACAUGCUGGCUUCAGGCGACAUUCCUGAUUUAUUUAGUGAAGAAGAAGCUGACAUGAUCGUGACGUCGAUCCGGAUGGAACUCAGAGGAUUAGGACUGCCUGACAGCAGAGAAAACUGCUGGAGCUUUUUCAUUGAGAGAAUAAGAAGACAGCUGAAGGUAGUUUUGUGUUUUUCACCAGUCGGAUUCACACUGCGCACACGUGCACGCAAGUUUCCUGCCCUUGUUAACUGCACAGCCAUAGACUGGUUCCACCCCUGGCCUCAGCUUGCUCUUCACUCCGUCAGCUCAACUUUUAUAGAAAAGAUCCCUGGACUAGAGCCCAAAGUGAGGGCGUCUAUUAGCGAGUUCAUCUCUUACGCCCACACCAGUGUCAACGAGGUGAGUGUCAAGUAUCAGCAGAAUGAGAAGCACUUCAACUACACCACCCCAAAGAGCUUCUUGGAGUUUAUGAAGCUCUAUGACAACCUGCUGAGGCAAAAGCGCACUGAGCUGACGCAGAAGAUGGACAGACUGGAAAACGGCCUGCAGAAGCUGCUCAACACUGCCUCACAGGUUGAGGACCUCAAAGCCAAGCUAGCAGUGCAGGAGGUGGAGCUGUACCAGAGGAACAAUGAUAUAGAAGCUCUCAUAGCUAAAAUAGGACAACAGACAGACAAGGUCAACCAAGAGAGGGCUGUGGCUGACGCUGAGGAGCAAAAGGUAGCAGCAAUUCAAGCUAGUGUGACCAAACAGCAGCAGGAAACUGAGGCGGACUUAGCCAAGGCCGAGCCAGCCCUGCAAGCAGCUAAUGCUGCCCUCAACACUCUGAACAGGCUGAACUUGACAGAACUAAGGACGUUUCCUAACCCUCCGGCGAUUGUUGCAAACGUUUCGGCAGCUGUUCUUGUGCUGCUGUCUCCCCAAGGCCGGAUCCCAAAGGAUCGCAGCUGGAAAGCCUCCAAAGUGGUCAUGAGCAAGGUGGAUGACUUCCUGCAGGCUCUAGUGAACUUUGAUAAAGAACACAUUCCCAAGGCAACAGUCAAGUGUGUGAAGGAUGAGUACCUCAGUGACCCGGAGUUCACCCCGGAGUUUGUGCGACAGAAAUCCUCAGCCGCUGCCGGCCUCUGCGCCUGGGUGAUCAACAUCAUAAACUUCCAUGAGAUUUUUGAACUCCGUGAAGUGGAGAUGAAGCGGAUGUGUCUGGCUCAGGCGAAUGCAGACUUGGCUGAAGCUGCAGAAAAACUCGGGGUUAUCAGGAAAAAACUAGCAGAGCUGGAUGGUAAUCUGGAGACGUUGACAACAGCUUUUGAGAAGGCCACAGAGGAGAAGCUUUGCUUUCAGGAAGAAGUAAAUCGCACCAACAAGACGAUAGAACUGGCCAAUCGACUGGUGAAGGGACUGGAGAGUGAAAAUGUGCGCUGGGCCCACUCAGUGGCUCAGUACCACGAGCAAGAAGAAACUCUCUGCGGUGAUCUCCUCCUAACUGCAGCUUUCAUCUCUUACGCCGGCUCCUUUUCCAAGAAGUACAGGAUUGAGCUGCUGGACAACAUGUGGAUGCCAUUCCUGCUCAAUCAGAAGGUCCCCAUUCCCAUGACAGGAGACUUGGAUCCAGUGUUGAUCCUGACCGAUGAUGCCACAGUGGCCCAGUGGAAUAAUGAAGGCUUACCAGGGGACAAAAUGUCCACUCAGAACGCCACCAUCCUCAUUAACUGUGAGCGCUGGCCUCUGCUCAUUGAUCCCCAACUUCAAGGCAUCAAGUGGAUCAAGAAUCGCUAUGGUAACCGCCUUAAGGUUGUCAGUCUAGGACAAAAAGGGUAUGUAGACGUCAUUGAACAGGCCGUAGUGGCGGGCGACCCCGUCCUCAUCGAGAACUUGGAGGAGACGAUUGAUCCGGUUAUUGACCCUCUGCUGGGGCGCCACACCAUCAAGAAGGGCAGCUGUAUAAAGGUUGGGGACAAAGAGUGCUUCUUCAACCCAGAAUUCAGGCUCAUUCUUCACACCAAGUUGGCCAACCCUCACUACAAGCCAGAGAUCCAGGCCCAGACCACCCUCAUCAACUUCACUGUGACUAGAGACGGCUUGGAGGACCAGCUGCUGGCCCAAGUGGUGAACCAGGAGAGGCCAGACCUUGAGCUAUUAAAGAGUGAAUUAACCAAACAGCAGAACAUGUUCAAGAUCGAUCUGAAGCUUUUAGAGGACGAGCUGCUCACCCGGCUGUCUGCGGCAGAGAGUAACUUCCUCGGUGACAACAUGCUGGUCGAGAAGCUAGAGACAACCAAGCACACUGCAGCUGAAAUAGAGAUGAAGGUUCUAGAGUCUAAAGUUAAUGAGGUGAAGAUUAACGAAGCAAGAGAACACUACCGUCCUGUCGCUGUGAGAGCGUCUCUGCUGUACUUCAUCAUGAACGAUCUCAACAAGAUCAACCCCAUGUACCAGUUCAGCCUCAAGGCUUUUAACGUUGUUUUCCACAAAGCGGUGGAGCAAGCAGAAGCCUGUGAGGACGUCAAGGGCAGAGUCAACAUCCUCAUCGACAGCGUCACGUUUUCCACUUUUAACUACAUCAGCAGGGGACUGUUUGAGAGGGACAAGCUCACCUUUGCAGCACAGCUAACCUUCCAGUUGCUCUUGAUGAACAAGGAAAUAGAUGUGCGAGAGCUCGACUUCCUGCUACGCUUCAACAUCGAUCACAGCUACAUCAGCCCGCUCGACUUCCUUUCUAACUCAGCAUGGAGCGCCAUCAAGGUGAUGAGCUUCACCGAUGAGUUCCGCGGCCUGGAUCAGGACAUCGAGGGAUCACCAAAGCGCUGGAGGAAACUGAUCGAGUCCGAGUGUCCGGAGAAGGAGAGGUUUCCGCAGGAGUGGAAGGGGAAAAGUUCUCUGCAGAAGCUGAUCAUGAUGAGAGCUCUGAGACCAGACCGCAUGACCUAUGCACUCAGAAACUUUGUGGAGGAGAAGCUCGGGGUGAAGUACACAGAGGUCCGAAAGACCGAUUUUGCAAAAUCCUUCAGAGAAAGCGGUCCAGCCUCUCCGGUGUUUUUCAUCCUCUCACCUGGAGUCGACCCACUCAAGGACGUGGAGUCACUGGGGAGGAAGCUGGGUUUCACAAUAGACCUUGGGAAGCUUCACAACGUGUCCCUGGGUCAGGGACAGGAAACUGUGGCUGAGAUUGCAAUGAAAAAAGCUGCUAAAGAGGGUCACUGGGUCAUUUUACAGAACAUCCACCUGGUUGCUCGCUGGCUGGGUGCACUUGAGAAGCUGCUGGAGCGCUGCUGCGAGGACAGUCAUCCAGACUACAGAGUGUUCAUGAGCGCUGAGCCCGCAUCAUCACCACAAGGUCACAUUAUACCACAGGGAAUUCUGGAGAAUGCCAUCAAAAUCACCAAUGAACCUCCCACAGGCAUGCAUGCUAAUGUGCACGCAGCUUUGGAUAACUUUGACCAGGAAAUCCUGAAUCAGUGCAGCAGAGAGCAGGAGUUCAAGACCAUCCUCUUCUCCCUGUGCUACUUUCACGCCUGUGUGGCUGAGAGGAGGAAGUUCGGGCCUCAGGGUUGGAACAGGAAGUAUCCGUUCAACACCGGUGACCUCACCAUUUCCGUCAAUGUCCUCUACAAUUACCUGGAGGCCAACGCUCAGGUGCCGUGGGAGGACCUGCGCUAUCUGUUUGGGGAGAUCAUGUAUGGAGGACACAUCACGGAUGACUGGGACAGACGCCUCUGCAGAACCUACCUGGAGGAGUACAUGAAUCCAAACCAGUUUGACCGCAAGCUGGCAUUGGCACCCGGGUUUGUCGUUCCGUCUAAUCUGGACUACCAGGGGUACCACAAUUUCAUAGAUGAGAUGCUGCCACGUGAGAGCCCGGUGCAUUAUGGGUUGCACCCUAAUGCAGAAAUUGAGUUCCUAACAGUGACUUCAGACAAACUUUUCCACAUUCUGCUGGAGAUGCAGUCUCCUGAUGCUGUGAUGGGAGAAGGUGUUUCACAGACGCUAGAGGAGAAGGUAAAAAGUGUUUUAGAUGAAGUUCUGGAAAAGCUGCCUGAGCAGUACAACAUGGCCGACAUCACGUCCAAAACGGCUGAAAGGUCGCCGUACAUCCUAGUCUGCUUUCAGGAGUGCGAGCGCAUGAACAUACUCACCUGUGAGAUUCGCCGCUCACUCAAGGAGCUUGACCUGGGCCUUAAGGGUGAACUGGCCAUGUCCUCUGAAAUGGAGAAACUACAGACAGCCUUGUUCUUUGACAAUGUCCCCGACACCUGGACCAAACUGGCCUACCCGUCUACCUACAGCCUGGGAAUAUGGUUUAAUGAUGUGAUGCAGCGCUGCAAAGAGCUGGACAGCUGGACGCAGGAUUUGUCUCUGCCCAGCGUUGUCUGGUUAUCUGGACUGUUCAACCCACAGUCUUUUCUCACUGCUGUGAUGCAGUCUCUAGCCCGAAAGAAUGAGUGGCCUCUGGAUAAGGUGAAUCUCACUGUGGAUGUGACCAAGAAGUUUCAAGAGGAGUUCAACCAACCUGCCAGGGAGGGGGCAUAUGUGUACGGACUUUACAUGGAAGGUGCAAGAUGGGACACUCAAACGGGGGUCAUCACAGAGGCUCGCCUCAAAGAGCUGACCCCCACCAUGCCCGUCAUUUCAGUCCGAGCUGUCCCCAACGAUCGCCAGGAGACGAGAAACAUCUACGAGUGUCCGCUCUACAAAACUAAAAUCAGAGGGCCCACGUACGUGUGGACUUUUAAUUUGAAAACCAAGGAGCGACCGGCCAAAUGGGUGCUGGCUGGAGUGGCUCUUCUGCUCAGCGUGUGAAGGUUUACAGCUUGAGGUGCACAUGGGUUUUACAGCACUAGAAUGCAAUCAGACUGCUCUUUUUUAUUGAAAAACUGAUCAAAUAUUACAGAAAAUGCCAAAAAAAAUACACACACUAGAAGAUCAUACAAUAGAUAAAGUCUAAGCAUGUUUGAACAGAUUAAAUCAACAAACAAGAUAAUAAGCAAAAUAAAAACAGUAGUGCUGCCUCGUUAUCGCUGCAUUUACUUUUGUACCUUUUUGGAUAGUCAAUUUAUUCAGUCACUUAAAUUUACACAGGAAAAUAAAAUUUGAGCUUCUUUUAGACACUUUCUCAAAAAAAAAAAAAAAAAAAGUGAAGGUGUGAGCA